UCCCAAUAUGCCAAGAUACUUGUUUAACAUUGGUCUUUGAUGUCUUUGAAAGCCGCGGAAUCGAGGCAUAUUUUCAAAACUCCAUUUCAUAGUUCCUUCUGAAGUCCGGCCACAAAUUUUUAUAAUUUUAAUGAAGAAAAUAUUUGACGACACUCCCCUGACACUACUGCACAAGAGAAACAGAGUAUAGUCUUUUCUUUCUCUGUUCUUUCUUCCCAGCUUUGUCACUCACCUCUCACCUCUUUCCCUGCGAAAUUGUACAUUCAUAGACGUUGGGAUGCUAAAGUGAACGUUUGAUUUUCAGAACCCCAACGUAAUAAUCACUUACCCAUAAAAGGGCUCUUCCUCAAAUUCAAAAUUGAAAUCCUAAACCCAGUUUGAGAAGGCAUUGUUACAAUGGCGAGGUCCUUCCAGCUUGCAUUUGCUGCUUGUUUGAUGCUACUUCUGCUUGGAAUGUCCGAGGGGAGCACGGUUGGAGUUUGCUAUGGAAGAAAUGCUGAUGAUCUCCCCCCUCCUGAUAAAGCUGUUGAGUUGAUUAAGCAGCAUGACAUUAAAUAUGUGAGGAUUUAUGACUCUAACAUCCAGGUUUUGAAGGCCUUUGCAAACACUGGAAUUGAGCUAAUGAUUGGGAUUCCGAAUCUAGACUUGUUACCUUUCUCUCAGUUCCAGUCAAAUGCUGAUACCUGGUUAAAGAACAACAUUCUUCCCUACUAUCCGGCCACAAAGAUCACAUACAUAACUGUUGGUGCUGAAUCCACUGAGAUGCCCAACAAUGUGACAGCCAUGGUAGUACCGGCUAUGCAAAACGUUUUCACUGCUCUCAGGAAAGCUGGUCUUCAUAAGAAAAUAAAGGUUUCCACUACUCAUUCUUUGGGUGUUAUGUCCCGCUCGUAUCCACCUUCUGCUGGGGCGUUCAACAGCAGCUUUGCAUUCUUUUUGAGACCCUUGUUGGAAUUUCUCGCUGAGAAUCAAUCACCCUUCAUGGUGGAUAUAUAUCCUUACUAUGCCUAUAGGGAUUCCUCCAGCAAUGUUUCUCUGGACUAUGCUUUGUUUGAAUCAUCCUCUGAAGUAAUCGACCCAAAUACGGGGUUGCUUUACACGAAUAUGUUCGACGCCCAGAUUGAUGCUAUUAAUUAUGCCUUGAUGGCCCUGAAUUUCAAAACAAUCAAAGUAAUGGUCACUGAGACAGGCUGGCCUUCCAAAGGAUCGCCUAAAGAAACUGCAGCAACACCAGAAAAUGCUCAGACCUACAACACGAAUCUGAUUCGUCACGUCAUCAACAACACUGGAACUCCUGCAAAGCCAGGAGAUGAACUAGAUGUUUACAUAUUCUCAUUGUUCAAUGAGAACCGGAAACCAGGGCUGGAAUCUGAAAGAAACUGGGGUUUGUUUUUCCCAGAUCAGACAAGUGUUUACAACCUUGACUUCACUGGCAAGGGUACCGUGGAUAUCACAACAGGUGCAAACAUUACCAGCUCAAAUGGGACAUGGUGUAUUGCUUCAUCUAAUGCUUCUGAUUCUGAUCUGAAGAACGCCUUGGAUUGGGCUUGUAGUUCUGGGAAUGUAGACUGUUCAGCUAUUCAGCCUAGUCAACCUUGUUUCGAGCCAGACAACCUUGCAUCCCAUGCCUCUUAUGCUUUUAACAGCUACUAUCAAAUGAAUGGGGCAACUGAUAUUGCAUGCAGCUUUGGAGGGAAUGGAGUUAGAACCAAUAAGAAUCCAAGCUAUGACAAUUGCAUCUACAUGGCUACAGGGACCCAGAAAACUGUUGCAAGUAAUUCAACAGCUCCAACUCCUGCUACUAAAUCUUCUGCAACUGCCAGAAAAGUAUGUGGUGGCAUUCAGGAUGGCCUGAUUUUAGGUUUCGUAAGCUUCAUCAUUUCAUCAUUGGCAACUUUUUAAGUGGAACUUGAUUUUGGGUGAGUAUAAUGAGUCCCUUGCAAGGAGCGGAGACAGCAUGGUACGAAUGUGGUACCUGGAACUUGAGAGUUGAUUUUGCGGAGUUUUAGGACAAUCUUCCCUCAUUUUGUAAAGUAACAACUGUAUUUACUUAGCUCGGAGGGAUGAUAUUUAGUUAUGUUGAAACCAAGCCUGGUCGUUUAUGAUUUGAAAAUUAGGCAUCUUUCAUUCAUUAAUCUUACAUAUUUAUAAUCUUAUAUUAUUAUUAUUAGUAAUUGUUUUAUGAUGUAAGUAUGGAGAAACAAGCUGGAUCUCUGGGUUAGCUAUUCCUUAAUUUUGCUUGCUUCUUUAUUAUCUGAUGUAACCAGAAAAAAUCCCCUUUUUGGUUGCAGGAUAUCAUUCAUGGAUGUAGGAAGUCUCAGGCAAUAAUUGGCAAAAUAUAAUUCUCAAAGUUUCAAAUUCUAAAAAACAUUAUUUCCAAAUUUGAGACUCCAGGAAAUUCUCAAGGCGUGAAUUGUCAAAGGCUCGUACCUCUUGAGAGGGCCGGUUACCCUCUAAUAUAAUUAGUGAUUUCUGGUCGCGCAAUGUGCGACCCUGGUCCAAUAUAUCUGUAAAUCUUAGAAAUUUUUGUAUCUGAAAAUUUUUUUUUUUUGUAUUUGGCCCGAUAUAUUUUAAAAAUGUUUGAAGAAUUUAGAAAUGUUUCAUAAGUGUGAUCGAAAUGUUUGUAUUUGGUAUAAAAACAAAUUGUAUUUGGCUCGG